AUCCCCGCAAAAUUGCUAGAGGUAUUCGUGACGAACUCCUGGAGGAAUUCCUAAGGAGUUCCUAAAAACUUCCCAAAAACUUCUUUGGAAAUUCCCGAGGAACUCCUGGAGGUAUACCCGAGAAUCUCCUGAAGAAAUUCCCGCGGACCUCCAAGGAACUUCUGGAUGAACACACAUAACACGCGGCGCGAGACUGGAUGAAUUCUCAGCAAACUACAGAAGGAAUUACUGAGGAACUCCUGGAGGAAUUUCCGUAGAACUCCUGGAUGAAUUCCCAAGGAUUUGCUGAAGGUAUUCCCGAGGAUCCCCUAAAGGAAUUGCCGAGGAAUUCCUAAGGAACUUAUGAAGGAAUUCCCUAAGAACUCCUAAAGAAACUCUCUCAAACUCCUGGAGGAUUUUUUGAGGAACUGUUGGAGAUUUUCUCGAGGAUCUCCUGCAAGAGUUCCCGAGGAACUUCUGAAAAAAAAAAAAAAAUCCGAGGACCCCCUAAACAGGGCUGAAAAUCGUCGCCGUUUGAACAGAAAAAUAGACAACGAGAACGAAAACUAGACAGUCUUCGUUGCUCGUUCCACAUCCGAUGGCUCAUUUGAGCCAGCGACUCGUCAUGAAGGGCUUGUGUCGUGAAGAAAACAAAAUCUUCAUCCGUUUGUUUCGCUCUUCGUCCAAGGUGCCUAGCCGACGAAGUCAAUGUUGCCCCCAACAACACAAAGAAAAUGGAUUUUAAUAAAAAAAAAGUUGGUGGUCUUCUGUUUUAUGAUUGAGCUUCGUCGUGAAGCCCUUAGUCGACGACUUAAAGGUUAGUCGUCACCGUUGUUCUUUCGGAUGACGAUGAUUUUAUUGUUCUCUUCACGGAGCGGUGACGAGAAGGACGAUUGUUAGCCCUGCCUCUAAAUGAAUUCCCGAAUAACUCCAUGAGGAAUUCCCAGGAAGCUCCUGGAGAAAUUCUCGAGAAACUCCUAGAGGAAUUCCGCGGAAUACAUAAAGGAAUUUUCUAGAAACUCCUGGGAGAGUUUUCGAGCAACUUCUAGAGGUAUACCCAAGAAUUGUCGAGAGACUUCUGCAAGAAUCUUUGAAGAACUCGUGGAGAAAUUCCCGAGGAACUUCUCGAAGAAUACUUGAGGAACUCCUGGAGGAAUUCCCGGAGAUCUCAUGGAGAAAAUCCCUAGUAAUUCCAGGAGGAAUUCCUGAGGAACUCCUGGAGGAAUUCUCGAGGAACUUCUAGAGGAACUCCGGAGAAUACAUAGAAUAACUUACGAGGAACUCCUGGAGCAAUUCCAGGAAUGCUUGAGGAACUGCAAGAGGAAUUCUCGACGAACUUAUCAUGCCAAAGAUAAAAGCUCAGCAUCUGGUUUCUAUGAGAACGUUUCACGGAGUCUUUCACAGAAAAGGAAACUCAUUUCGAAAACCUUCGAGUUCAACUGAUUCGUUUUCUACCAUUCUCUAUUGGUCCGUAGCAAACUGCAUCUGUCAAUGCCGAACCCUGAGAAUCUGCGAUCGCAUUGGAAUGUAGCAUACCUACCUACGCACUGCACAUGUUGGGAAACUAGUAGCGGAAAAUUAUGGCGAUUAAAGCCAACAACCUUCCGAAUCGGUCGGUCGGUCUCCUCAGCUAUAAACUAGAAUCAACUUUUUUGUUUCACAGAUGACGGCCAUCAUCAUAAUAGCAAGAGAGUAAUAGUGCUUUGCGCUGGCCUCGAUGAUUAUUAUUAGCAUCAUUUUAUGGUGCGAAUCCACAUGGCUUUCCCAUGCUCUAGGUACUGUAGUGGCUGUGUAGCCUAAAGAUCAAUUACUUGAUUUUGAAAGUAAUAGGUACAUACGAUCUUCGAACCGCGACUAAACUCAUUAUGAUGGGAUGCUUAGGUAUGCCUAAUCGCGUUGGUUAACCGCUACACUAACCGAUUAGCAUACCAAAUUUUAUAUUGGAAAGCAUUGCGUUGGUAGAUUAAAUUCAACAUAUUGGUGCAUUUUUUAGAGAAAGUAACUUUCAUGAGAGUUUUCAGCGACGUGAACAACAGCGGCUAAAUUAAUGCAAAGGUCAUAAAAUUACAAAGUAACCGCUCGGAUGAUCGAGCAAAGAUGGUUGAAACUUGAUACACAAAAAAAAAGAAAAGGCAAAAUCUUCGAAAGUGCCCAAAAUGUGACCACCUAAUAAAAUGCGAAAAAGGGCAAAGUAAUUUUGACCGCACUUGGCGGCAAUACCAGGCAAGCGGUAGCUUGACCAAUCAAACUGUCAAAGAAAAUUUAAGUUGAUAGAUUUGUUUUUGUCGAUGAGAUUUAACCAAAAAAUACCGAACUUCGAAAGGUGAAUGUAAUUCACCAUUCCGGGGUAUAGCUUUGGUACCGAAAUGCAGCGUUUUUGCCGGGAUUGAAAAGAAAUCGUCUUGACAUCUCUUCACUGCAUUGUAUUUAAACUCGCAUUUUUGAGAUUACUACUCGACACAACACGGAUUGAAAGCUUCAACAAUUCCCAACUCUGUAUUAAAUUUCGGGAAUCGUCCCAGAGGUGACAGUUAUUUUUUUCGCUGGUUUGCGCAAAUCGGUCCAAUCCGACAGGUUCUCUGUCAAUUGAUUUUCAUUGACAUUGGCGUGCGUAAUAAUCGCCCAAAAAUGUCUUCUGUAUUUUAUCCUCCUUUCGAUAUCUUUCGUUGCCAAAUAUGGACUACCGCCGCUGGCCUGGCACAGGUUAAGUGAAUCCCCCCGGCGGAGCUCUCUUAUUUCCUGCUGUUACGAUUCGCCACAUAACGUCGUCACUGGAUUGAGUUUGCAGAUUGCCUGAAGAUUUUGGUUUCGACUUUUCGCACUGUUGUAGCCUACGGAAGCAAUGUGACUUUGUUGGUUCGAAAAAAUGAAGGAAGUCAAGCGGUGAGAAAAUGAAGAAUAAAAAAAAGUGAAGCAUAAUAUGCAUUAAAUUAUAAUAACGUUAAAUUAAAACAAUUAGCAAAGUGAGAAGAAGCAACUUGAGCGAAAUGAAGCAAAAGUGGAGUGCAAAACCAGCAAAACUCCAAAACCAGUUCCAAUAAGUGAUAAUUGAGAGAGAAGAAAACAAACGAAGCCGAAGAAAACAAAUGCGAUUAGGAAGCCUUAAGUAAAACGUUUCUAUAAAUAAAGCAUCAAAACUAAAAGCAAAGUCGGUGCCGAAGUGAAUGCGAAUGAAUGUACCACGCUCGCGAGAAGCAGCAACAGCAGCAGCAGCCAAAGCCCCAGCAAUUGACAACAAUAAUAGCGAUUCAUCAUCGACCUCUCCGACGUCGUCGGCCACCCCGCUCUCGCUAUCAUCCUCCUCAACGCCGUCCUCGUUUGGCAGCAGUGGUAGCGGUGGCGGUUCGCUGCGGGGCCUUGGCAGUGCUCUGCGGCAGCUUCAGCAGUACCAGCGCCGGCGAAAUUUUCUAAGUUCGCCACCACCUCCUCUAGCAUCACUGUCAAGCCCCGGAGCAGCAGUAGCCGCGUCAACGACGACGAUGCUUCUCACGAGUAGUUCCGCGGCUCACGACCAUCACCUGAGUUUUGUGAUGGGUUUCAUCAAAGAGGAUGAAAUCUACAACAGUGUAACGUCUUCGUCGUCGUCCAGCGGCGGAGGUGCGACUACGGCCUCCUCCAUCAUUUCCAGCACCACGGACACUUCGUCGGAGGACAACUCGCUGGUGGUGCCCUCGGCGGUGAUAUCGUCUUCGGUCGAGCUGGCUCAACCGUACCACGAUGAUAACAAGCAAAUCAACCACAAUGCUUCCCCGUUCCGACGCUGGGGUCAAUCGUCGCUGCGGUCCCGCUCGGGAGAUCAACGAACACCCGGUUCAUCGCACCGAAGGCCGUCGUCCCUGGCUGCCUCGGAGAGCGAUGUCUACACCAAGUCCAUCGACGAUGACUACAGCUCGACCAAGAGCGGGUACAAUCCGUACCUGGAUGGUGCCAGCACGGUAACGACGGACUCGACGCAAACAGCCGGCGGUACGGGCAGCAACAGCACUGGAGGUCCGGUGGGGGUCGCCUCGUGGGGAACGUCGUUUGAGAAACUGUUGGAAGAUGCAGCUGGACUGCACACGUUUUCAGAAUUUCUCAAAAAGGAGUUUUCCGCUGAGAAUAUUUACUUCUGGACGGCGUGUGAGCGUUACCGGCAGAUUACCGAUAGAGAGGAACGCGCCAAGGAGGCACAAUCCAUAUUUGCCAAACAUCUUGAAUCGGGUUGCGGUGAGCCGGUGAACGUGGACUCGAUCGCACGGAACAUUGCCAAAGAGAAUUUGCCGCAGGCAGAACCUACGUUGUUUGCCGCUGCCCAGAAGCAAAUUUUCAACCUGAUGAAGUUCGACAGCUAUCAACGGUUCAUCAAAUCGGACAUGUACAAAACAUGCCAGGAUUCGGAGGCGAAGGGACAUCCUUUGCCCUAUCCAGGUGAGCAGCUGGACCCGCUGCUGAGGACCGGGUUUACUCUGCAAAGUGCAACUAAGCUGAAGAAGUCGUUGAGUAAUGCUGAAGACAGGCGGAGGAAAUCGUUGCUGCCGUGGCAUAGGAAGACGCGGAGCAAGUCAAAGGAUCGUGGCGAUUCGGAGAGUCGGAAGGAGAGUGGAAAAUCAUCGCUAUCCAAUGGGGGAGGGACUGGUGGUAGUAGUAAUACCUUGAAGGUCUUGUCUACCAAUUCUACUAGUGAUAUUCAUAGUUCUAGGAGUUCCUUAGCUAGCUUUGAUGCCGCCAUCGGCAAGUCGUACGAUCAGGACGACACCCGCAACACUCUGUGCCGUGUGAUAUUGUCGAACGGAGCGACGACGGUGGUCCAGACGCGCUCCAACGAAACCAUCAAGGAACUAGUCGAACGAUUGCUGGAGAAACGCGGCAUCGUUUACAAUGCGUACGAGGCGUUCCUGGCCGGCAAUCACAAACCCCUGGAUCUGGACGGUCCGUCUUCUAGUCUCGCCGGGAAGGAAGUGAACAUCGACCAACGGGUGGUGUUCAAAUUGAGUCUUCCGAACCGAAAGAUGAUUUCCGUCAAAAGCAAAGCCACCAAGCCGUUGGGCGACGUCUUGAGGCCGAUUCUGUUGAAGUACAACUACGAGCUGGACCAGAUGAACGUCUACUCCAAGGAUGCGUACCUGGAUAUGACUUAUCCGGUUACAAGUGUGGACGGACUGUGGUUGCAGGUUCGUAACGGAAACGAAAGUGAAUUUCAUCAGGAUCUUACGCGAACCAUUGCUUCGCGAUCCGAAAGAGCUUACGCUAAUCAGGUACCUCCGCUCCCUAUUAUCGCUACCUCCCAGCACCAGCAGAUCAUUAAUCAUUUCCAACAGCAAUUGCAUCAACAAGCACACGCCCAGCCACACAGUUUUGCAAUGCCAUCAUCCAACGGAAGCGCUUCCAAUUACAUUACUAAAAAGUCCCAAAACAUGUACAGCAAUCAGUCGUAUAACAACAAUAAUAACAACUUCCAGUUGAAGAGCAAAGAAGACUUCAAAGACGAUACCAAACAGGAGCUCAACAUGCUGGACGAAAUCACCAACAAAGUUUUCAACGAGCUGAUGAACGGAAAGAUUGCCAACGGAAAAACUCCAGAAGACUGUACCUCGGAUAGUUCAUCCACCAGGAGGGACCGAUUCCGGAGGCGGGGAUCUAACGCCCCGUCGGAAAGUGGCCGAGGAGCUAAGAGCAAGAAAUGUUCAACUGCUGGCUCGGAGGAUGGUGGCGAAAGUGUUAAUAACGUGGGAACCAAAAAGCCCAUCAUUGCCAAACUGAAGGCUGGAGUGAAGCUGCAAAUCCCAACGCGAUCGCAAAAUGACGAGCUUUUGGAAGGUUUGAAGCGUGCCCAGCGUUCUCGCCUGGAGGAUCAAAGAGGAACCGAAAUCAAUUUCGAGUUGCCGGAUUUCCUGAAGGAUAAGGAAAAUUUCACAUCCACCAGUCAAUCGGCUACGACAACCACAUUGGCCACGGCAACAUCCGCCACCACUAACGCACCCACCGGAGGACCUGCAAAUCCUACAAAGCUCACACGAAGGCCUGGUGUCAAGCGACCGGAGUUUACCACCAGUUCAUCCGUUGAGUUUCCACUGAGCACCAGCACAAACGGAGGAUCAUUGCAGCAAAUCAACCGACCACAGCCGGCCCCACGAUUGUCCAUCACCAGUACCCGGGGUCUAGUGGGUAGUGGGAGCAGCCCGACGUCCCCCGGCGUGUUGCCAGUGCAUUCGGCUUCCAGUGAGAGUAAUUUGAACAAUCUCUCGCUGCGAUGCAAUGCCUCUCCCUUGAUGCUGGACGACAACGGCAACGGAUCACAGUCGGAGAACAGCUAUGCAGGAAGCUUUUCAAGUGUUAUCGAGAUGAUCAUGAGUGUAAAGUGAGGGUGCCCUUCUCGAUUCCCGCGGGACGCCAAUACGACACGACUUUGAUUUUUACCCACGGUCCCGUUAAUACAGCCACGUCCCCCGAGACAUCGCCAUCAGCCCGCACCGCCCACCUUCGAGGGUCAAAUUUUCACCUGAGUACGGGUGACAGUUACGAUCCUUCACAACCUAGU